UCAAGUUUUCCGGCGAAGUAAGCAGAGAGAUGGAGUUCAGAGGAAGUUUACACGUACAGUCUACUUUCGUUGGAGCAACGCUGGCUUCUGGUUUGCGUUCGGUUCAGUGUGAUUGUACGCUAAAUGCUCUCAAGUUCAUUGAUAUGCUCGUCGAGGUUAAAUCAGUGCAUGGUGGUGUACGAGUAUCGUAAUUUCGAAAUUUGAUUUCCAAAAUUAUUGUUUUGUAGCCGUUUCCAGUGCGAAUCGAGGUGAAAAAAUAUGGACGACCCAAAAACUAUAGAAACGUAUUUCCGAGCGAAAUCGAUAUUUAUUACUGGAGCCACAGGAUUCGUCGGUAAAAUACUCAUCGAGAAGCUACUACGUUCGUUUGAUGAAAUAGAAAACAUCUACGUUUUAAUUAGACGUAAGGAUAAAGAAACCCCAUCCAAGAGAUUGCAAAAGCUCAUCGAUUGUUCGCUGUUCAAUAUCCUGAAGACGGAGAGACCGCAAACAUUACACAAGUUGAAAGUAAUACCGGGAGAUAUAACUGAGGCUAAAUUAGGCAUCAGCGAAUCGGAUAUGAUCUUGUUAAGGAAUAAAGUCAACGUCGUGUUUCACGCCGCAGCCACCGUCAGAUUCGACGAAGAUUUAAAAGUAGCCAUAGAAAUUAAUCUACUAGGUACACAGAGAGUAGUCGAAUUUUGUAAACAAUUAGAAAAUUUAGAAGCUCUCGUUCAUGUAUCCACAGCCUAUAGUAAUUGUAAUCGUAGCGAAGUCGAAGAAAAAUUAUACCCUGUUCCAUAUAACGUCGAUAAACUAGUCCAAUCUACAUAUUGGAUGAACGAUGAACUAACAGCCGAACAUACUGCUCAAAUCAUAGGCAGUUGGCCAAACACAUACACAUUCACAAAAGCAUUAGCAGAACAUGUAGUAGCCGAAGUCAGCACCGAAUUCCCUGUUUCAAUAGUCCGUCCAUCGAUCAUCUUGUCCACGGUCACGGAUCCGGUACCAGGAUGGAUCGAAAACUGGAACGGACCGACUGGAAUCGUAAGCGCUGCCAGUAAAGGUGUAUAUAAUAGUUUCUUCUGCCAUCGAUGGGCCGUUGUAGAUAUGAUACCCGCCGAUAUCGUUGUAAAUGUAUUGAUCUGCGCUGCCUGGGCUACAGCUACCAAAAAAUCGAAGGAUACCACCAUUUAUAAUUGUUGUACAGGGGCCCAAAAUCCGUUGAAAUGGGGCGAUUUUAUAUCACAGUGUUUAUUCCACGUGAGAAGAAAUCCAUCUGAAAGAGUCUUCUGGUAUCCGAAAGCACACGCGUAUUCGAAUCGUUUUCUAUAUAAUUUGGGAUGCUUCUUCAGACACGUGUUUCCAGCCUAUCUUAUCGAUUCCAUGAGCCUGUUUCUUAAAAGUAAAAUAAAAUUAGUUCCGAUACAAAAACGCCUAUCGAAAGCUUCCAAAGCGGUCGAGUAUUUUACAACCAGAGAAUGGCAUUUCAAGAACGAAAAUUUCAUCAAAUUAAAUAAAACGCUUAGUCCAGAAGACAGAAAGAAGUUCUGUUUCGAUGUGCGUACCAUCGAAUGGUCUUCGUAUUUAGAAAAUUACGUACUCGGCAUUCGCAAACAUAUUUUCGGAGAGUCCGAUUGCACCAUACCAAAGGCGCGACAGAUGCUAAUAUGGUACAAAUGGGCCCAUCGAGUUACCAGAUUCGCAUUGGUCAUUUUCAUAUUGAAAAUCGGUAUCGGAAAAAACGCCGCCAAUUUCAUUCUAGACGUUGUCAACAAAUGUUUACUAUUACGCGAAGAACUAGUGUACUGAGAGGAGACAUAGUAAAUAACCACGCCGGGAAAGAAAAGAAGAUGACACAUUGUUUAGUACAUAUAAAAUUAUUCUCAUGUAUAAAUUUUUAAUUCUCAAACAAUUGUGACCUUAGAGAUUACGUAUAUUUAUAAAACCUGAAACGGUACAAAAAUUGAAAAAAAAAUCCAAGUGUUAUUAUUAGUAUUUAUUUUAAAUUUUAUUGUUUUCUCUCUUCUUUUUUUUGUUUGGUUCAACAUUUAUAAUGUAAAAAGUUUUCUAAUUGAUUUUAAUACCUAUAUAAGAAAAAAUAUAUAGUUUUUUUUUCAUUCA